CUAACACGUCAGUAGACCCAAAGGGUAUUUGUAUAUCAUAAAUUCCCACAUGGGUUUUUACUUAUUACUAAAUCUCACUUUCAUUAAAUUCUUGAAAAUAAAAAAAAAUAGUUAAUUUUUCAUUUUUAUUUUGUUUUUGCAAGUUUUUGUUCUUGUUUUGGGUUCUUGAGGUAUAAUUUUUACUGGUUUUUUGCUAAAACUUGAAAGGGUUCUUUCAUUUUCAUUCAAUUCUUGAAAAUAAUUAAAAAAUGACUUAAUUUUUUUUUUAUUCUUGUUUUGGGUUCUUGAGGUACAAUUUUUACUGAGUUUUUGCUAAAUCUUGAAAGGGUUCUUUCAUUUUCAUUCAAUUCUUGAAAAUUUAAAAAAGUUUUAUAUUUUUUUGUUGUUUUGGGUUCUUGGGGUGCAAAUUUUCUUGCAAGAAUUUUGAAAAAUGGCCACUGGGGCUGUGGCAGGUGAUCGUAGGAAUGUUAGAAAAGUAAUUUGUGAUGCUGGUGCUGGUGCUUCUGCAGCCUUGGUGGACAGAGUUACCUGGUACUUGUUGCUGGUGGGGAGGUGGCAGGUAUCUCAUGUAAUUAGUCGAGGUGCUAUUGCUGCUACAUUUAUGUGUCCAUUGGAUGUUAUUAAGACAAGACUGCAAGUACAUGGUCUGCCCCAGGCGUCUCAAUCUGGUCGUCAAGGUAGUGUCAUUGUCACAAGCUUACAGACUAUACUAAGAAAGGAAGGUUUCGGGGGACUUUAUCGUGGCCUUUCACCAACAUUGACAGCUCUUCUUCCAAACUGGGCGGUAUACUUUACAGUUUAUGGAUAUCUCAAGGAUUCGUUGCAUUUGCAUGUGGAUAGCUGUGGGCAGCUUACAAUUGGUGCAAACAUGAUUGCUGCUGCAGGAGCGGGGGCUGCAACAUCCAUUGCAACAAAUCCAUUGUGGGUUGUUAAGACCCGGCUCCAAACACAGGCGCUGAGGGAGGGUGUAGUUCCUUAUAAAGGUACAUUGUCUGCUUUAAUACGAAUAGCACAUGAAGAAGGGAUCCGCGGAUGGUACAGUGGCCUCUUGCCGUCUUUGGCUGGGAUAAGUCAUGUUGCUAUCCAGUUUCCAGCGUAUGAAAAGCUGAAAUCGUACUUGGCAAAAAGGGCCAAUAAGCAUAUCGAUGAACUGAACCCUGGUGAAGUAGCGAUUGCCUCUUCGAUGGCCAAAGUAGUUGCCUCUGUAAUGACUUAUCCACACGAGGUCGUGCGUUCUAAACUACAAGAACAAGGGCAAGCAAGAAACUCAGAGAAAGCAUAUAACGGGGUCGUUGAUUGUGUAAAAAAGAUGUUCAAACAGGAACGCAUUGCUGGAUUCUACCGGGGCUGUGGAACCAAUCUCCUACGGACGACUCCCUCUGCUAUUAUUACAUUUACCAGUUAUGAAAUGAUCCACAGAAUCUUUCAACGCGUUAUACUUCCAGAAGAGGAUUCAGAACCAAAUCCUAGACGGAAAUCCCAUAAGGUACCCGAAGAACAUGGAGACAAUGACGAAAACUUACAACAAUCAGAAAGCACGUCGAAUAAGAGAACUCCUUUAAUUCCUUUGAGUAACUCUGAUAAUCUAACUGCUAGACAUUGAUUAGAGAUGUUUUUUCUUUUUCGUCGCGGAGGCAAUUUGCAACAAGUGUUUGCUGUUGCACAAUUUUUUCUUUUGUAACUGGCCAUUUCUGGCCAAGGAAGUCUUAUAUUUCGAUCUAAUAAAGAAGCGCGCGGAUAGUUUUCCGAUAA